AUGCGCAUCCUCAAGGCGCGCUCGGCGCUGUUGAGCGACUUUGAGGUGCUGCAUGUGCUCAAGGAGAUGGAGAGCGAGCAAAAGGCGCGCGUCAAACCCUCUACGCAGACGCAGGAAGGCGAGCACAAGAUCAAAGCAGAAGGCGACCAGCCCGCCCACGGCGAGGAAGACGACGUGUGGCUCUCCAACGUGCCCGAAAAUCUGCGCACCAUCCAGUACGAGACCAUCUCGUCGCUCAGCCAGACGUCGCGCCCCUGCGCGCAUCAGCAGGCCGAGGCCAUCGCCGCAUUCCUCGACGAGCUCAAGACGCGUGGCUACUCGAUCAACGACUCUGAAGCCAAGCGCGGCGCCCUUGGCCUCAACCGCUCCGAGCGGCUCCAGAUCGUCAACCACGCACCGCAGAGCGUCGUUGAGCUUCACACGCUCGUCGAGGAGCUCGAGGAACGCUUCCAUCCACAUCAGAUCGAAGACCUCAUCUCGCUCGUACAGACCUACCUGCCCUUCCGCUCCGAUAUCAAUGCUCUCGCCGCCGAAGGAGCACAGGACGACCCGGAUGCGAUUGCAGCAGCGCACAUGGACACGGACGCACACACCGCCGUCGGCCAGAUCAGUCAGUUCACCGGUCAGGUGGCUGCAGGCGCCGAUCUGGGCGAUCCACAGGGUAGCGGACUAGCUCAGGUUCCCGAGCCGGAUGAGGAAAGGCAGGUGGCCGAUGUCGAGUACGAGGAAGACCCCGACGUCGAGAUGGACGAAGACGAUUUCGUCCACGAAGGUCUCGGCGGAGGAGGCGUAGAGGAAGCCGACCCAGACGAUUAG